UUUUUUGAAUAGCGAUGCAAUUAUAUAUUUAAUGUUGAGAAAAAAAUUAACAGCUUCAUUAGCUGGACCUGAACUUAUAAGCUAUCAUGUAGUUUCCUAUAAGAUAUCUUAUAUAUGGUUUGACCAACAUGUUGUUAAUUUGUGGUGGGUGUCUUUUGGAAGAUCCGAUAAGCCAAAAUGCUGACAUCUUCAUUAUAUAUGCGGCGAAGGGAUUCCUUAAAAAAGUAUAUCCCCAACCUUUCGGAAAUAUCCAUUAGCCACAAAAAUUUAUCCCUUUUCCUUUGUCAACCAUUUAACCAUAUAUACAAAUCUAAGCACUUCUCGUACAUUAUAUCUACCUGCGUUAUAAGAUUCUAAACAUUACCUAUAUAAACACAUCCUAGUGACCUCUAAAACAUAUCACCAACACAACCAAAACAUUUAGUUUCACGUCCCACAGAAAUUAAAGACAAUGCCUGAGAUUGAAGGUUCUCCUGGAACUUCAAUGCAUGGAGUUACCGGUCGAGAACCGGUAUUAGUCUUCUCGGUCGGCUCUCCGAUGGUACACACCGAUCGCACCGCAAAAUUCGACCUACCAGUGGACUCUGAACACAAAGCAACUGUUUUCAAACUAUUCUCAUUUGCAAACCCUCACAUGAGAACUUUCCACCUCUCAUGGAUAUCAUUCUUCACCACCUUCAUCUCCACCUUUGCGGCCGCUCCGCUGGUCCCCAUCAUCCGCGACAACCUCGAUCUUACGAAAGCCGACAUAGGGAACGCUGGUGUGGCAUCUGUAUCUGGUAGUAUUUUCUCGAGGCUGGCCAUGGGCGCGGUCUGUGACUUGUUGGGGCCUCGCUACGGCUGCGCCUUCCUCAUUAUGUUGUCCGCACCCACGGUCUUUUGCAUGUCAUUUGUUAACGACGCUAGCGGCUACAUAGCCGUUAGGUUCAUGAUCGGGUUCUCUUUAGCUACGUUUGUGUCAUGUCAGUACUGGAUGAGUACUAUGUUCAACAGCAAGAUUAUCGGGCUUGUGAAUGGAACCGCGGCUGGGUGGGGCAACAUGGGAGGCGGUGCAACACAGCUUCUUAUGCCGGUGUUGUUCGAGAUCAUCAAGAAGGCGGGUGCGACUCCGUUCACGGCGUGGAGGAUUGCAUUUUUCAUACCGGGGUGGUUUAAUGUGAUUAUGGGUAUAUUGGUGUUGACUCUUGGUCAAGAUUUACCUGAUGGUAACCUUGGUGCCCUUCAGAAGAAAGGUGAUGUGGCCAAAGAUAAAUUCGGCAAGGUUUUAUGGUAUGCUGUGACAAACUAUAGGACAUGGAUCUUUGUUCUUCUCUAUGGUUACUCCAUGGGUGUCGAGUUAACAAUCGAUAAUGUGAUUGCUGAAUACUUCUACGACAGAUUUGACCUAAAACUUCACCUUGCCGGAAUCAUUGCGGCCUGCUUCGGAAUGGCAAACCUUCUAGCUCGUCCCUUUGGAGGGUUCACAUCGGAUUACAUGGCGAAGCGAUUCGGAAUGCGUGGUCGCCUUUGGAACCUAUGGCUCCUUCAAACUGCGGGGGGUGUCUGCUGCGUGUGCCUCGGUCUAGUCGGCUCGUUGCCAUUAGCCAUCACAUUUAUGAUGCUCUUUUCCAUCGGAGCACAGGCCGCAUGUGGAGCAACAUUCGGCAUCAUUCCUUUCAUUUCUCGCCGAUCACUUGGUAUCAUAUCCGGAAUGACUGGGGCGGGUGGCAACUUCGGGUCAGGGCUAACCCAAUUGAUAUUCUUUGCCAAUGCAUCUUUCUCAACGGAACACGGGUUGACGUACAUGGGUAUCAUGAUUAUAUGUUGUACAAUUCCUGUGGGCUUUGUCCACUUCCCUCAAUGGGGGAGCAUGUUUUUUCCUCCUAGUCAAGACAUAGUAAAAGGUAGUGAAGAGCAUUACUAUGUUUCCGAGUGGACCGAGGAGGAGAAGCAGAAAGGGAUGCACCAAGCAAGUCUUAAGUUCGCAGAAAACAGCCGGUCAGAGCGUGGAGGGAAGGUGGCGUCGGCUCCAACGCCACCGGAGAACACUCCCAACCGAGUUUGAUUUCCAACAAUUUUUAGAUCUUCAUCAUUUAAGGAUAUGUAAUUACUUAUAUGUUUGAACAAAAAAAUAUGUCUAUGUAUAAUUUUACCUAAAUAUCAAUGAUAUAAGUUUUUCUCAUUUUAA